AUGGCUACCGGCACUCCCCAGGUUGGCUUGACGACGCCACGUGCACCGAUUGUCAGGUCGCGACUGGUUCGACUUCGGUGGAGCUUCAUUUUGUUUCUCAUCCUGGGCUUAUUGGCAAUUAGUUCGGAAAUCUACAUAUUCGAAGGUCUCCGACGGACCUGGUUUCUCUCACUCAAACCUAUCUCAGUCAUGCGCAGCCUCGUCUUGCUUUCCGCCGCGGCCUCAGUGCUGGGUCAAACCCCGGAGGGAACCUUCUAUCCCCCGACGCUGAAUGAUACGUCAUACAUCAGCAACAGCUCGAUUGGGACGUAUGGUGGUAUCUAUAAAGCUCCAACCCAUGGUCCGACUGGGGGCAGCCCCUACGGCACCUAUGACUACUGUUCUAUGCCGCAUCCUCGUUCAGAGGAAUACGAGCUGCCCGAAGCUCUAACCAACGGGUCAACUAAGGGAAAGCUUGUGUACCUGGAGUAUCUACAGCGUCACCAGCGGCGCACUCCAUACAACAUUCUCCCAGGCGGAGAGAACCAAGCAUAUCACUGCGAUGAUGUGCGCCCGUAUCUCUACGCAGGCCCCAACAGCGCAAGCGGCAUCCAGCCCAUGCCAAUGUAUGCACAAACAUACCAGGACCCCAACAACCCCUUCACACCCGGUGUGAAUGGCACCUGUCAGUACCCCCAGAUCACCAUUGGAGGAGUCCAGGACGGAUAUCAACACGGUAAGGACCUGUGGGCCGUCUACGGCAAGAAGCUUGGCUUGAUUCCCGCGAAGCCAAACAGCCGCGUCUGGUUCCGCUCCAGCGAGUCCGCUCUCACUCAGGCCUCGGCUGGCGCGGUCCUGCGUGGCGUGUGGCCUCACCACAAGGGAGCUCUACCCCUGCACCAGAUGGUUUCAUCUGUCAAUACUGUCAACGAGGGAUACUCUUGCCCUGCUGUCAGCUCUACUCUGUCGAGUCUGCAGUCUACCACGCAGUGGAAAGAGCAUCUGGCUGUCACCGAGGAGUUGCGCUCGAAGCUGGGCGCUAUGUUGGGCGCGACAGAGAGUUCGUGGCAGAGUACCUUUGACCACUUUUCGGAUAACUUCCAGGGUCGUCUUUGCAACGGCUAUGAUCUUCCCUGCAGUUUGUCAAAUUCCUCGGCCUGUGUCACGAUGCAGAUGGCCGAGGAGGUCUUCCGUGCUGGUGAUUGGGAGUGGAAUUACUACUGGCGCACGAACCCAGAUGUAGUCAAGUACAUCCAGGUUGUCGAGGGAUUGUUUAUUGGCGAGAUCAUUUCUCGUCUGCAAGCUGUUCUGGACGGGAAGUCUUCCCUUGAUUACAGCCACAUAUUUAUUCAUGAUGGAGAUAUCGGCCCUAUCCUAGGUUCUUUGGGGAUCGAGACACUUCGCUGGCCCGCUAUGGCAUCAAACAUUGCUUUUGAAGUUUGGGAGACAAAAGAUACGAACAAUGGGAACUCCUUCUACGCCCGCGUUUUGUACAGUGGCCAUCCCAUACGAAGCAUCCACGGUGUUCUUGACUGGGUCCCUCUCUCAAAGCUGAUUGAUAUCCUGAGCCCCUACGUCCCGGAGGAUAUAACUUCUCUCUGUGGAUAAGAACAAGAAGUUGAAGAUUCGCAAUCCCAAUUAUGGUCUCAAAG